AUGACUUCAAUGCCAUCGCCUCAUUUGUCUACAACAGAGACAACCCCCACCACCAGGGACGAUGACCACCUUACACCCGUGACUAGUAGUAGUCCCACAGCCUUGACUGCUGCCUCCUACCACGCUAUGCUAGCUGCUGUCAAUAGCCAAAAGGUCCCUUCACUCACUCAGGAUAAUCUUAUUGCUGCUGCCGCUGCUGCCGCUGCAGCUAUUGCCAACGGUGAUACUCAAGGCUUGCAACUACCACAACAACCGCAAACUGCAACACCGCCCAAAAGCACAAGCAACCAUCACCACAGCCGUUGUAAGCCGAUCCAUGAAUUGGAUGCUGCCAAAAGAGAUAGUAUUCGAGCAGCUAACCGUGAACGGAAAAAGAAAUGGCGUAUCCACAAUGAGGAAAGAAACAAGGACAAUGAUUUACGUUGUCGAGUGAACAAACGAGCCACCAAACUAUAUGGCCCCGAGGAUACCAAAGAGAAGCGUCAAUGGGCACAAGAGGAAUUUGAGAAGAGACGAGAAAAGCGUAUGGAAAAGGAACGCCGCAAAAACAUUGUCGACAAUGUUAUGAGUGUGCCACCUGACAGCCCAUCAUCAUCAAGCAAUGGUGGUGUCAUCCCUUCAUCAACCGCAACAUCAUCACCACAACAACAACCAUCGUCUCCAAGGCAACAAGCAGCAGCAGCAGUUGCAGCAGCAGUUGCAUCAUCCGCUGAGCAAUUAUCCUUUUAUCCAACAUCUACUUCAUCCACAACACCACCACCUUUGGUUGAUCCUGCAGCUGCAGCCAAGAUGCUUGAUUUCCCACCUGAUUUGCAACGACAAUUACUGGAACAGCUUAAUAACAUGAUUGCCAUGACAAAUGCUGGUCGAUUGUCCGCUGCCCCUGACGACUUGGUUCAUCAUCAAGAUCAAUCACAAGAUCCAACAUUGCAACCUGACACCAACGUAAAAAUUGAGUCCGACACAUCACCAUCACAACAACAACAACAACAACAAGAAGCAGCAACUGCAUCCAGCUCCACUAGUGGCAGUGAAUGUAAUAGUGGGCAGAAUACACCAGUGACUAUCAAGCAAGACGCAAUGGAUCAUGAUAGCGAGGAAAAUCACCAAGAAGAUGUAGAUGAUGGCGACGGCAAACAAGAAGGGAAACGACCCGAGUAUACCAUGGAUGCAGUGUUGACCUUGAUGCAAUUGAAUGCAGGCUGGCGAGAAUAA